AAUAAUGCUGUCGCGUGCUAUUCGUCGAGUGCAGCACUCCACGCCCCACCGCGCCUUCAGCUCCGCAACAGGAGGCAUUAAAACCGACACCGAACAGCGCACCGAGUCGCUCUACUUUACGACACGUGAUCAUAUCAAAGGGCGAGAAGUAUUGGAGGAGUUCGGGAUGGUGUCGGCCGUGGCGGUGCGGUCGAAGUCCGUCAUUAGCGAUAUGUAUGUGGCUCUAUCGGGGCUUGUGGGCGGCGAAGCGGCGUCGUACACUUCGUUGAUGAACGAGACGAUGGCUGAGGCGGUGCAUCGAGUGCAGUACGCAGCUCGAGCUCAGGGGGCCACAGCAGUCAUCAACGUACGAUUCGACUCCAAUACGACAAUGAAUCGACUGGUGUUCGGUAUGCAUUGCUCAGUGAUCUGCUACGGGACAGCAGUGAGGUGCCGUCCACAGCCUCCAGUGUCGAAGAUCACGCUGUGAUGAUAAAUAGACG